UGGGCGGAUUCUAUCCCUACCACUUCUGCCACACCAACUUCGGGGCUCGACAAAUGAAAAGUCCCUUCCUUCGUCCUUGUUUUCUACUAGACGUUGUAGAGGCCAUUUGGUUCUUCUUGUGCAUCCAUCUGCAGCGCUAUUUCCAAUUUGCACAUUACUAGAAAGCUCGAUCUGCCAAACAUAGCCAAAAUGUCUUACGGAAGCCGUCAAGGAGAUAGUAACGGUUACAAAAGCCGUCAGAGUAGCUACCAGAAUGGAGGAAGCAAAAGCGGUUAUGGCCAAAGAAAUGGAAGUAGUGGUGGUGGCUACGGCCAACGGAGUGGCAACAGCUGGGGCAGUCAAGGCGGAGGUGGAGGUUAUGGGAAGUCUAGUGGAGCUGGAGGUCGUAUGCGCCCAGUAGAAUGGGGCAACAAACAACUGCGACCGUUCAAAAAAGAUUUCUACGUCGAACAUGAUAUCAUCAAGGCCAGGUCUGACUACGAGGUCGAACAGUUCCGUUUGGCCAAGCAGAUCACUGUGGAAGGCGAAGCCCCAAAGCCGAUCCAGAAUUUCCAUGAAGCUAGUUUCCCUGAUUAUGUAAUGGAUGCGAUUGUAGCGCAAGGAUAUGAGUAUCCUACUUCCAUUCAGGCUCAGGGCUGGCCUAUUGCAAUGAGCGGAAACGAUAUGGUUGGCGUCGCCCAAACCGGUUCAGGCAAAACUUUGGCCUACAUUCUACCAGCCAUUGUCCACAUUAACAACCAGCCCGAAGUUCAGCGUGGUGACGGUCCAGUUGCUCUUGUUUUGGCUCCGACCAGAGAAUUGGCCCAGCAAAUCCAGCAAGUGGCGAACGAUUUCGGUAAAUCCUCACAUAUUCGCAAUUGCUGCGUGUUUGGGGGUGCCCCCAAAGGACCACAAGCCAGAGACUUGGAACGUGGCGUUGAGAUUUGCAUUGCGACUCCCGGACGAUUGAUUGACUUCUUAGAGAGGGGCACCACCAAUUUGGAAAGGUGCACUUAUCUUGUUCUGGAUGAAGCCGACAGAAUGUUGGAUAUGGGCUUUGAGCCCCAAAUCAGGAAGAUUAUCAGCCAAAUCAGGCCUGACAGACAAACGCUUAUGUGGUCCGCCACGUGGCCCAAGGAGGUGAAAAAACUGGCGGCUGACUUUAUGAAUACGUAUAUUCAAUUGAAUGUUGGAUCUCUGGAACUCUCAGCCAAUCACAAUAUUCUGCAAAUUGUGGAUGUUUGCCAAGAACACGAGAAGGAAAAUAAGUUAAAUAACUUACUGCAAGAAAUUGGAACGAACGGGGAACCAGACUCGAAAAUCAUAAUUUUCGUCGAAACCAAGAAAAAAGUGGAGGCAAUUACGCGUACAAUUAGACGAUUUGGUUGGCCUGCCGUCGCUAUGCAUGGAGACAAGAGCCAGCAAGAACGAGACUACGUGCUGAAGGAAUUUAGAAAUGGAAAAGCCACAAUUUUGGUGGCCACAGACGUUGCAGCUAGAGGGCUCGAUGUUGAUGGAAUCAGAUACGUAGUCAACUAUGACUACCCCAACUCUUCAGAAGAUUAUAUUCAUAGGAUAGGAAGGACGGGCAGAUCCGACACCACUGGGACGUCUUACGCCUUUUUCACUCCGUCCAACUUCAAACAAGCCAGAGAUCUAGUUUCAGUAUUAAAGGAAGCCAAUCAAGUUGUGAGCCCAAAACUUGAAGAAAUCGCUACCCGCUCCGGAGGGUAUGGCGGUGGCAGCAGAGGCAGAUGGGGAUAUGGGGGUGGUUACAAAGGCCGGGAGAACAACGGCCCGAAACAGCAUUCCCGGUUUAGUGGGGGUGGCGGUGGCGGUUUCAAGAGCAACGGGUACAAUAAAAGUUAUUGAUCACAGUACAAACAAUCUGCAACAGGUUGAAAGAGCAUGUGGUGGUGUACAUAUGGGAUGACAGCUUACCCUUCUCACCCAGUACGAGGAGUACAUUUGUUCCCUAUUCAAUGUUCUAAAUCUGUCAUAUUUAUAGUUUUGUUUAUGACUGUGAUAGAAGUAGAUUUCUUCUUUAAAAUAAGUUAUUUAAAUACAAAUUGUAUCAGAUUGUUCAGAAUGGGGACUUUAAGAAAUAGAUGUUUUGUAAUUUA